AUGGGUUGUGGUCGGAUAUUCAACGCGUUACGUCGGUGCAAGCAGCUGGAAGAUGGUGACAACAGUAGUCAGCUGGCCAGAUGUCUUGGUCUACUAGACCUUACAGCACUUGGGGUCGGCAGUACCCUAGGUCUGGGCGUCUACGUGUUAGCAGGAGCGGUCGCGAAGACCGUGGCUGGUCCCGCCGUGUGUAUCAGUUUUCUGGUCGCUGCUGUAGCCUCGGCUUUUGCUGGUGUCUGCUACGCUGAAUUUGCAGCCAGAGUUCCGAAGGCAGGUUCAGCCUACGUAUACAGUUACGUCAGCGUGGGCGAGUUCAUCGCGUUCACCAUCGGAUGGAACCUCAUCUUGGAGUACGUGAUCGGUACAGCCAGCGUGGCGAAAGGCAUGGCGUUGUACAUAGACAGUCUGUGCAACAACUCCAUGGCCAGAACCAUGACUGAAGCUGCUCCCAUCAAUAUCUCCUUCAUGGCUGACUAUCCUGACUUCUUCGCGUUUGCCCUUGUUAUGCUUAUAACUGUACUCCUGGGCAUUGGUGUGAAGGAGUCGACGAAGCUGAACAACGUGUUCACAGCUUUGAACCUCGUCACUGUCAUCAUCGUCGUCAUUGCUGGAGCCGUCAAAAGUAACCCAGCCUAUUGGAGGAUACCUCUUGAAGAUAUACCAGAUGAAUACAAAAGUCAAGCUGGUGCUGGUGGCUUUGCACCCUGGGGAGUCGCAGGCAUCAUGGCUGGUGCUGCCAAGUGCUUCUUCGGGUUCGUGGGCUUCGACUGUGUGGCGACCACCGGCGAGGAAGCUAAGAACCCAAAAAGAGACAUCCCCCUGUCCAUCGUACUGUCCCUGGUCGUGAUCUUUGUGUCCUACUUCAGUAUAGCUACGGUGUUGACUAUGAUGCUGCCGUAUUAUCUUCAGGACGCAGACGCUCCCUUCCCCCAUGUAUUCACGGAGGCUAAUUUACCAGUCAUCAAAUGGAUCGUCACCAUCGGAGCUAUCUUCGCCCUCUGCACCAGUCUGCUUGGAGCCAUGUUCCCGCUGCCCAGGGUGUUGUAUGCCAUGGGCAGUGACGGCGUGCUCUUCAGACCUCUCGCUGCCAUCAACAAGAGGACUCAGACACCAGUCAUGGCUACUAUUUUAAGUGGACUGUUGGCAGCAAUAAUGGCUGCCUUGUUCAACUUGAACCAGCUGAUCGACAUGAUGUCCAUCGGAACACUCUUAGCCUACACCAUCGUCGCUACCAGUGUGCUUAUUCUAAGAUAUGAAGAAGAGUCUACCAUCCAGUUGCACGCCACGAAGCCAGCCCCUGAGACCCCAUUCACCGUGUUCAAGCAGCUGUUCAACUUGCUCGGACUCAAGUACCCCACGCAGCUCUCCUACGUCAUCGCCAAGUGCACUAUUAUGAUAUUCUUUGUGGUGGCGCUAGCAACAUGCGCGUUGCUCCGCUGGGAGCAGGCGGAGGCGGCGCUGGGCGUGCUGGGCGCCGCGCUGCUGGUUCUACUUGUUGUGCUCUACCGACAGCCGAGGAACAGCGUCGAGAACCUCUCCUUCACGGUGCCAUUAGUGCCCUUGGUACCAUACCUGAGCGUCUGCAUGAACGUGUACCUGAUGGUGCAGCUGGACUACCAGACCUGGGUGCGGUUCAUCAUAUGGCUCGCUAUCGGUUACAUGAUCUACUUCUUCUACGGCAUCAGAAACAGUUCUCUCAAUGUGAAGAGUGAACCACAGACCAACGGAGUGAAAGAAGAGAAGAGGCAAGUCGUCACCACCAAGUUCUAA